AAGCCGAAUGUGGUGCAGGCUGGGAGUGUGGUUGAGCAGAUUGAGGAAGAUGAGAUCGCUCACUGCUACUGGGCACCAAUCCCUGAGCCCAAGACUCGAGAGGAGGCCUUGAAUGGACCAAAUGGGGAGAAGUGGAAGGCGAGUGAGGAUGAGGAGUUUGGGUCCCUGAUUGAGAACGAGACAUGGGACCUGUGUGACUUGCCUCCUGGGAAGAAGGCAAUCACUUCCAAGAUGAUCUACAGGCACAAGUAUGGACCUGAAGGGGAGCUGACCCGCUACAAGUCUAGGCUUGUGGCACGGGGGUUUCAGCAGACAAAAGGGAAGGACUAUGAUGAGGUGUUUGCUCCUGUGGGGAAAGGAACAACACUGAGGGUGCUGUUAGCGAUAGCUGCAAUCCUGGGAUGGAAGAUACGGCAGAUGGACAUUGUGACUGCCUUUCUGAAUGGGAUCAUUCUGGAGGAGAGGAAGUACUGUGAGGGGCUGGCUGAGAAGUAUGGGCUGCAAGAUGGGGGAAAGCCAGCAACACCACUACCUUCAGGGUUUACUGUGGAGCCAUGUACUGAUGAGGAGGUAGUGGGUGAGAGUGACAGGAAGCUGUUUCAUUCGAUGGUUGGGUCGCUGAAUUAUGCUGCAAAUCAUACACGGCCUGACAUUGCAUUUGCUACAUCACGAUUGGCUAGUGUGGUCUCACGCCCUAGUCAUGAGCAGCUGGAAGCGGCCAAGAGGUUGGUCCGCUAUGUGAGUGCUACGGCAUCAGUGGGAUUGGAGUACAGUGGAGUAAGGCAGCGGUUGCAGAGAGGUGCUGCAGAUGUGAAGAGUGGUGAGAUGCUCUUGAGUUGCUAUACUGACGCUAGCUUCAACUCAGUGAAAGCGGAUGGCACCAGCAUUGGGGGUUAUGUGUGCUUGCUAGGAGGUGGUGCUGUGAGCUGGCGCAGCAAGAAGCAAAAUGAGGUGGGAUUGUCCUCAUGUGAGACUGAGUACAUGGCCUUACACCAUGGGGCCAAGGAAGUAGUGUGGCUAAGGCGUUUGUUGGAGGAGUUGGGAGUUGGUCAGGAGGAGCCGACAGUUGUGUUUUGUGACAAUGAGUCCGCUGUGAAGCUCGCCAAGAAUGCUUGUCUGCAUGGGCUGACAAAACACAUAAGGCCUAAGUGGCAUUGGGUGAGGAGACUCCUUGAUAAGGAGGUGCGGCUGGAGAUAGUGAAGACCCAUCAGCAGGCAGCAGAUAUUUCCACCAAGCGUCUGGCGGAGGCGGAUCAUUGGAAGGGCAUGAAGCUUGCUGGGAUGAGUGUGCAUUGAGUAUGCAUGCUUGAGAUGUUGGUAUGGUGGUUGAUGGUUGGCAGCCAGAGGGGGAGAUUGUUGUGUGAUGUCAUCAUAUGCUAUCACAUUCUGUCUGCCUCUCAUAUCUUGUUUCAAUUCGCAUGUGUGGUUUGAACGUGUGAAAGAAUUUGUGUGGUGUGUUCUGGAGUUUGGGAAUGUGUUUUGUGUUAUUCUGUCUGAGCAGUGAAGUUGUGGGGUGACUUUAUAUGGAGUUGGGACCUUUGGGGUUGGGGAAACUUGUCACUCUACUGUAACAGCUGCAAAUAGGUUGGAAACAACCAAGCUAGGUUGGCAAGGGUGGCCAACUUGGAUGGAUUGGUUGGGAAGGGACAAAGGUCAAAGUUGAGGUUCCUAUAGGGAGGGAAUUUUUGUGCUUAUGGGGUUUCCUUGGUUGGGGACUCUCUUGGGACCUUCCCUCUCAUCCCUCUCUUUCUAUCCCAACCUUUCUCUUGCUCCUUCUAAUUCCUUGUGACAUUCUUGAACUUUGAUUGAACUCUUGAGAUUGAGUUAAGUUCUCCUCCUACAGCUUACCCCCUAGUG